AUGUCGGAUCCCACCAAGGUAGACAAUGAAGUCGUUAUCGCAGAGCGAGGCGACCAGCGUCUUGCCAUCCCCAGGCUGGCCUUCUUGCAAAGAUCAUUCUCCUCUUUUCAAGCCUACGCGAACCAACAGCUUGAUACGGCUGGUGGAACUUUCGUCACGCAAUCGCUUAAGGGACAAGAAGGACGGGAAGUGCUCAUCCCAAAACAGCAUUGGGCAGCCGUGAAACCACAGAUCCGCUCAGUGAAGAUACAACGGCCACCCACACCAGGCAUGGGGUUCUGUGAUAUCUUAUUCUUAGCUAUGGUGUCAUCAUUGAAAGCCAACCUCGUGGCCCUUAUAAGAAAAGUACGGCGGGAAUACCCACACCAACCCUACGUCAUCUGGCGGGAACUGCAUUCCGGUAACAAGUUACCGUUGAUGAUCUCUUUCUCUGAUACCGGUGCUACCAGGGGAGACCACGUCAAACUGAACUCCAAGGAUAAGCCUGCCGGCAAUAUUAUGAUGAAUAAAGGUCAUACCAGUGUGUCUGGAUCUUUGUUACCCAUCAUUUUUGGAAACGGCGCAAGUUCUGUCAGGCUCGUGAUUUCGGGGAAGGCCAGUGCUGGUGAUUCGAAGGAAAGGUAUAUUUCGUCGUAUAGAGUACGAAAAAUGUCAAAGUAUGAGUUGGCUUGGGUUGUCCCCUUAAAGGCUCCCGAGAACUCAGUAUCUCUCAAUGAUGUUGGGAUUUUGCUGGAAAGUUCUAGAAAGGGCAAUCCGGCAUCAUGCUGAGAGUUGAUGAG